AUGUACAAAGAACGAGGCUUUUCUGCCUCCAAAUCGGAGGAUCGGAAACGAAUCAACGAUGUUCUCGACAAGCAGCUCGAACGUUCCUCUCCUUCUACUUCUCGUCCCAUCAAUGGCAAAAACAACAAAGACAGAGACAACAACAAUAAUACCAUCAAGGAUCCUCGUUCUGCUUCCGUCUCCAAAACUUCCAAUAUCUCUGAGGAAUCUGAAACUGACAGUGAAGAGUCGGAUGUUAGUGGUUCUGAUGGGGAUGACACAUCUUGGAUCUCAUGGUUCUGCAAUCUCAGAGGGAAUGAGUUCUUUUGUGAGGUUGAUGAUGAUUACAUCCAGGAUGACUUCAACCUUUGUGGGUUAAGCAGUCAAGUGCCUUACUAUGAUUACGCUCUUGAUUUGAUUUUGGAUGUUGAAUCCUCCCAUGGUGAUAUGUUCACAGAGGAACAAAAUGAGUUAAUUGAAUCGGCAGCAGAGAUGCUUUAUGGUAUGAUUCAUGCACGAUACGUACUGACAAGCAAAGGAAUGGCUGCAAUGCUUGACAAGUACAAAAACUAUGACUUUGGUAGAUGCCCAAGAGUUUACUGUUCUGGACAACCCUGCCUUCCAGUUGGUCAGUCAGACAUUCCGAGGUCAAGUACCGUGAAAAUAUAUUGUCCUAGGUGUGAAGAUCUUUAUUAUCCUCGGUCCAAGUAUCAAGGCAACAUUGAUGGAGCUUAUUUUGGAACAACAUUUCCACACCUUUUCUUGAUGACUUAUGGACAACUGAAGCCACAGAAGCCAGCUCAGGGCUAUGUUCCAAGAGUUUUUGGGUUCAAACUUCACAAGCCAUAA